CGCCAGAAACACCUUGAAACCUCCGUGUACGAGAUUGCCCGUGAAAGGAUGAAAGAAGAACAUGAAUACCUCGAAAGUCUGGGCAUCAACGCUGAAAAUCGCCUCAAGGAUUCAACUUUACAGUCGUGGAUGUGGCAGUGGCACCAGAAUCUCAAAUCACGGCUGGAAUCGGAGAUCAAGCUCAUCGCUGCAUUCGAGGCCAAAAUGUUAAACAGGCAUGACCAGACUACGCAGUUACUCUCCCCUUACCUCGCACUUGUGAAAGCGGACCGGUUGUCUUAUAUAACAAUUCUGGAGUUGAUGCGUUUACAAGGUUCUGGAGGUGUCAACCAUGGAAUGAAGACCACCAGAGCUUUGAUUGCCAUCGGGAAGGCUGUUGAAAUGGAAUACAAGGCACAGAUGUGUCGCACCAAUGAUAUUGCUAUCCCCACCAUGACGGGCCACUCGACCAAUUUCUUCUCGGUCCUCGGUUAUAGUAAUCUACAAAAACGGAGAAUGGCAGCUGCAAGGCACAUGCAGGAUGGCGAGGCCUGGACCACGCCCUGGAGCCAAGCAGUCAGAUCCAAGAUUGGUGGAAUUUUGGUGGAGUGUCUAAUGGACGUCGCAUAUGUUCGACGUCAAAGGGACGACCAAGUUACUGGAAAGAGUGUGACAGAAGAUCAGCCAGCCUUCUAUCAUGCCUACGAAUACGUACGCGGGACAAAGCUCGGCAUCCUUAAGCUGAACCCAGCAGUGGCAGAACGCCUCUCGACAGAUAGAUUAAGGGAGACUAUUCAUCCCCGUCACCUACCGAUGCUCGUCCCACCCAAACCAUGGAUGCACAUCAGGCAAGGUGGUUAUUUAUACAAUAAAACUUCCGUCAUGCGGUUUAAGGAAUCUAUAGAGCAGGAGACCUAUCUCCAAAAAGCCAUCGAUGAUGGAAAAAUGGAACUUGUCUUGGCCGGGCUGGACGUUUUGGGUUCCACUCCCUGGAGGAUCAACAAAAAUGUGUAUGAGGUGGUCUUGAAGGUGUGGAACUCUGGUGAGAGGAUGGGCAAGAUCCCCCCCGCUGUAUACGACCAGCCGGCUCCAGAAAUUCCUGAAAACUAUGAGAAGGAUCUUCAAGCUAGAAGCGUCCACCUCCAACGUCAAAAGUCAUACACUCAAGGCAAGGCCAACAACCACUCGGAGCGAUGUAACGUCAAUUAUAAAAUUGAGAUUGCUCGCGCGUUCCUUCAUGAUGAAUUGUACAUGCCCCACAAUUUAGACUUCCGUGGGCGUGCAUACCCUAUCCCCCCUCAUCUCAGUCACAUUGGCGAUGAUCUAUGUCGUGGCCUGCUGUUGUUCGCCGACGCGAAACCUCUCGGUGAGAGGGGCCUUUGGUGGUUGAAAAUUCAUUUGGCCAACUUGUAUGGUUAUGACAAGGCCAGUUUCCAGGAGCGUGCUGACUGGGUCAUGGAGCGUCUGGAUGACAUCGCUGAUAGUGCUACCAACCCCUUGGAUGGAAAACGUUGGUGGACAAAAGGUGACGAUCCCUGGCAAGUCUUGGCAGCAUGUAUGGAGCUCCACGCGGCGUUACAGUCUGAGGAUCCCCUCGCCUACAUGUCGACUCUGCCUGUGCAUCAGGAUGGUACAUGUAAUGGUUUGCAACAUUAUGCAGCCCUCGGAGGCGACGCCGUCGGUGCUAAACAGGUCAAUCUCGCUGCUGGUGAUCGGCCAUCAGACGUGUAUUCCUAUGUCGGGCGCCUCGUUGAUCAGCAGAUUGAGGCCGAUGCUGCGAAUGGUCUUGAAAUGGCCAAACUUCUUCAGGGCAAGAUUACACGAAAGGUGGUCAAGCAAACUGUCAUGACGACUGUGUACGGUGUAACGUUUGUGGGCGCACGUGAACAAAUCGAAAAGCAGCUGAAAGACAGACACGACAUUCCUGAUGAGCUCUGCUGGACUGCUGCUUCCUACCUCGCCAAAAAGGUCCUUACUUGUAUCGGAGACACAUUCACGGGUGCCAAACAUAUUCAGAACUGGCUGAAUCUCUGCGCUCGUCUCAUCUCCAAGUCAAUCGCGCCUGAUCGAUUUAUCGACGCCAUUGCAGCUCCUAAAAAGAGAGGCCGGCCAGCGGUGGCCAUGAGCCGAUUUAAGAAGGAGCAAAUGACAUCUGUAGUUUGGACGACGCCCCUGCAACUUCCAAUAAUUCAGCCAUAUAGGAAGCACGCAAGGAAACAAGUUAUGACCGCUGUUCAGUCAGUGUUUAUCUCUGACCCAUCAUCCCCUGCUGAAGUCAACUCGUUGAAGCAAGCUUCAGCGUUCCCGCCAAAUUUUAUUCAUAGUUUGGAUGCUACGCAUAUGAUGUUGACUGCGCUCGAGUGCCAUAGCCGAGGAUUGACUUUUGCUUCCGUUCACGAUUCCUACUGGACGCAUGCCUCUACCAUUGACUCAAUGGCUGAAGUUAUUCGCGAUACUUUCAUUUUGCUUCAUUCUUCGGAUGUUUUGGGUAAACUCCAUGAAGAGUUCAAAGAAAGAUUCAAAGGUUUCAAGCUGCCCCUCAUCCACCUUCAAAACAAGGGUGGUAAUUUGGUCAAGAUGCUUUCAGAAUCUGGAGUCCGAAUUGUUGCUACACCUGAACAAGCCAAAUCCUUGGAAUCCAUCGCUGCUAUCGUCGAGGUGUCGGAGACAGGUAGCUCCGCCAUCGGCGAACAACCUAUUGGCACUGAAGGCGAUCCCACACUGGAUCAAGCAUUUUUAGAGCAAUUGGACGAGGAAGACGAUUCUAUUGACGACGAGGAAGCCCAGGCGACGAGAGAAUUGUUGGGCAAAUUUGUUGACGUCGUGGACCUGCUACCUCCUUUACCUGAGAAGGGCACCUUUAGAGUGCAAGAGAUCAAGUCCUCGCCAUACUUCUUCUCAUAG